AUGAGGUCAACAAAAUUAAUGAACCCUGUAUCAUUACCAAAAUUACCAAAUGAAUUAAUAUUAGAAAUAUUUAAUCAUAUUCCUUCAAAACAAUUAACGAAAUUCAUGAUACUUUCUCAUUCAAUGAAUAUUGAAAUAAGAAAACUCCUAAUAAAACGCUAUAACGAAAUUUUUUGGAAUCCUCAUCGAAGAAUACUGGUGAUGAUUACGCGAUACAUAUUAGAUUUCGUUCCAAUUUAUAAUGUAUUUGACCUUGGUUUUAAACGAUUAGACAACAAUUCUCUAUUGGCAACAUUCCAACUAGAUUCUACACAAAAACCCGGUACAAUAGGCCCACUUAACAAAAAGUUCUGGGGAUUAAAAUUAAGAGGGGAUGGAAUACUUCGUGAUAACCUAUUAAACGAACCGAUAUUUUAUACUUCAUGGGAUAUUCCACACGAAAAAAAAGAAGCGAGAAUAUAUGUUUACGAUAGUGAAACUGAUCCCUCUCAUCCUUUUAUCAAAACUUUCUUUGUUACUUGUGGAAUGGUAGAAAUUCCUUGCGAUGUUCGUGAAGAAACUAAUGGUUAUUGGUUUUGGAAUAUAUUUAAUAAUAUUAGAGGUAAAAACGCUAGUAUCGUGCCUAAAAUUGGAUUUCUGGGUAAAAAUGAGAAAAAAAGUAAUUCGAACGAUGUUUUUGGUAUGCUAAAAAGUGUUUGUAUACAAGCUCCUAUGUUGUUAGCUGCUAUUGAAGAACAGAAAAAAGAUAGAUAUGUUAAUGGUAUAAAAUAUUUAGUUAUGGAUGGUGGUCAGCAAUUCUUAAAGCGUAAGAGAGGUUGUGUCAUUUCUUAG